AACAUGAGCCCAUCCGCCCAGUCUCACUCCAACCAAAGCCAUCCGGAGGAGCAGCUAGCAGCUGAAGUGCUGAACGACCAUGGGCUCGCCGCUGCUCAAGUCACACUCUCAGCUCGCCGCCGCGGCUGCUCUGCACUCCGCGAGGAGAGCUGACCGCCAUGGCCGCUGCCCUGCGACAGUAAACCUCGGCAGGUUCCAUGACCACGGGCUCAGGUCCGCCCGUUCUAAGAGAUCCGGUUCAGCGAAGGUGAGCGCCUUCCCGUCGCUGGACGUGGUGCCGCUGAUGGUGACGAUGGUGGAGCACGUGGACAUGUCGCGGGACUACGUCGUCACCAAGUCCAUCUGGCAUCUCAGCGACGCCGCCCUCAAGAGCGUUUAUACCUUCUACGCCAUGUUCACGGUCUGGGGCGUCUGCUUCUUUGCGUCCAUGAAGGACCCCUUCUACGACAGCGACACGUACAGGAGCCAGGGUGGAGAUGGAACCGUGCACUGGUACUACGAUAGGCAAGAGGACCUGGAGGCGUCUGCGAGGGAGGAGCUGCUAAGGGAGGAGCUGCUCGAGGAGAUUGAGCAGAGGGUUGGGGGCCUCAGGGAGCUGGAGGAAGUAGUCACAAAGUGAUUAUACGGGUGUUACUAGUCAGUUCUCUAUCUGAUCUUCGUUAGCAAAUAAGUUCAGACUUCUUUACUCUCGUGCUCAAGUCUGUAUAUGGCCCAAACGCCUGGAUGAACUGCGCUACUGCAGUGCAAUAGCAGCAUACACACAGUUUUUUUUAAAAAAAGGGAAACAUGAGAGGAUAGUGCACCCCUACUGCAUGUUAUUAAUAAAAGAAAGUUAUUUAUUUACAGAAACAA